AUGAGUAUCGGUGUCCCCGUAACAAAAUCUUUUAACAAGCUGAAAAAGUACCCAUACGAAAUAAAUAAAUUUGAUAGAAGAGAAACAAAUGAAUAUUUUUAUUUGCCAGUUGAUUGUCCUCGUAUGAAAAAAUGCGACGAUGCAUAUUGCCCAUUAGCCCAUACAAAAUUAGAGAAAAUAUUUCAUCCAAUAGUUUAUAAAACACAAGCUUGCCAAAUGGCUAAAGAUGGGGCAUGUGAUUAUUUUCAAAAAUGCGCUUUUUACCAUGAUUCAAAUGAUAAAAAUGAAGCUCAUUUGAAUUGGACUAUUUGGGAAAAAAAAUGGGAUAAAUGGAGGAAUAAUAUCGAUAGUAUUUUAACACAACAUAAUAAAAAUGAUAAAGAAAUCCGAAGAAAAGUAGAAAGUAUAUUAAAAAUUCGUAUGCCGCAUUUUAAUUAUACCACGAAUAAAAAUAACUUAUUUUUGAAUAAAAGUACAUCCUUUCAUUCUACAUGGCCUAGUCUGAAUAAUAACAAUUCGGGAAUUUCUAACAUGGAAAUUGUCGACAUAGGAAAUAUGGGGAGUAUUGGGACUAUCGGUAGUAUUGGUCAAACUGGAAACGCAAACAAUGGAAGUAACAUUAUGGAAAGUGGUAGCAUUGGAAAUGCCGGCAAAUUGAGCAAUAUAAAUAACAUUUUAUGUAAAUCUAUGAAUUCUGCAUUGUUUCAAUAUUCAAGUUCUAUAUUUAAUAAUGCAUGGAGUAAAGGAAUAAAUGGGAACAAAAAACAUAUAAAAAAUAAUAACGAUAAUAAAAAUAGUAAUAUUUGGUGGCUUAAUCAAAUUAAUGAAAUUGGGAUUGUGAACUUAGACAAAAACGUGCAUAACAUAAAUGAAAAUAAUAUAAAUAAAAAUAACAUUUGUUGUGACGAAACUUUAAGUUAUAAUAGCAAUAACGGAACAGAAUGUGGAGUAAAUUAUGAUAUUUUAGAUAAUAAUGCGUAUAAAAUAGUUGAAUUUUGUUUUACUGAUUAUGAUAAUAACAACAAUAGUAAUAAUAAUAAUAUCAAUAGCAAUAAAAACAAAAUUAAAUGGAGAGAUACCACAGAUGCUUCCAAUGGGCAAUCACUGAAUUCCUUUUUUUCACAAAACACAAAGGGUUUGAGUAAUGAUAUAAACUAUUUACAAAAUGCCAAUAAUAAUAAUAAUUAUAACAAUCAAAGAAAUAACAUUUUUCAAUGUAUAAAUUAUAAUAAAACCUGCGAAUAUAUACCAAAUAUACAAGAAGGUAUUGAUGAUAAUAAAAAUAAAAAAUAUAAUACCUUAGAAACUAAUUACAGAGACAAUUUUCUAGCAGAUAUGAAUAAUUCUAAUAAAAAUUUUGAUUUUAUAAAUUCCACCUUUUUUUCAAACAGUUCAAAUGAUAUAACCGGAGCAGAAAACUAUGUAAACUUUCCUACUAUGUUAGAGAUCAUUGAUGAUGACAAUAAUGCUGUUAAGAAUAAUGUUUUUUCCACUGGUAAUGGAACUACGACUAAUAAUUAUAAUAAUGAAAAUGAUAAUAGUGUUAUUAAAAAUAAUGAGAAUGAUAAUGAUUGUAAUGGUAAUAUUACUAAUACUACUUCUUAUACUGAUGGUUUUUCUGCAUUCUACAAUAAUAAUACUGGCAUUACUAUCGAUAAUAAUAUAAAAGAUUUUCCUAACCUUGAUAAUUGCAAAACUUUUGAUAAUUUCAAUUUUGAUGACACAAUUAAAAAUAACAUAAGCAAUUUAAUAUUUUCUGGUGAAGAUAAAGAACACAUAAAAGAGAUGAAAAUUAAAAAAGAAAACGAAAAUAUAGGCAAUGGAAAUGCGAAUGACGAUAUGAAAGGCAUGGAAAAGGAGUUAGAAGAAAACAAUGAAGCAGAAGACAAUGAAAUAAAAGGAGAUGCAGGAGUCAAUACAGGUAACAUUUUAGGAUCUGGAAAUAGCACCAAAGGUGUAAAUAGGUCUCUGAAAAAAAACAAAAACAAAAAAGGUACAAUAAAUAAUGCAACUAGUAAUAAUACUGAAUCAAUGUUUUCUAACAAUAUCGGAGAUGAAGAAUCUAAAAAUUCAAGCAUAAUAAACAGCAGCGAAGUAAAAACUGAUAUAAAUGAUAAAAAGAAAAAUCCUAAAAAGGAAAACCGAAACUCGAAAAAUAGUAAUAGUGAAAAAGAUCAAUACGAAAAAGGUGGAAGUAAAAAGAUUCUAAGUUGCGUUAGCAAAAUUGGAAGCAAUAAUGGUAAUGUAAGUGUGAAUGAAAAUGCCUGCCUAGAAAAUGAAAAAAAUAAAAGUACAAAAUGUAAAAAUAAUGAAAAUAAUAAUAAUAAAAAAGGUGCAUAUUCGAAAAAUACCAACAUUAAUGGAGAUAAGAAUAUGAGCAAAGUUGGCAAGAAAAAUAUUACUGAAAACUUUGUUAGCAGCAACAAUGAUGAUGCUGAUAAUAAAAAUACUGAUAAGAAGAAUGUGGAAAAAAACAAAACAAAAAAUAUUGAAAAAAAUAAAAUUGAUAAUAGGGAUAACACGUGGUCUAUACAACUAAAUAGGAAAUAUAGUGACGUUUUAGGAGAAAAUAUAAUAAACGGUAACGAAUGGAAUAAUACUAUUAAAUGUUUAGAUAAAAGUAAGGGGAACGAUAAUUUGAUCAAUAAUAGUGGGAAAGCUGAUAAAAGGAAAACGAAUAACAAUAAUGUAUUUAGUAACAGUAUAAAUAAAAGAGAACUUGAAAAUGAUAUAAACAAUGAUGAUAAUAUUAUAGUAGAGAAUUAUGGUUUAAGCUUAAUAUAUAACAGUUAUUAUAACGAAAAGGUAAAAUUAGAAAAUAAAAAAAAAAAUAUAAUCGUCGAUAUCGAAAAUGUGAAUAGUAUAGAAAAUAAUAACGUUAUGGUGAAUGAAAAAGGGGAUAACAACAAUACUACAGAACGUUGUAAGAACAAUACGGAUGUAUUGUGCCCGAAUACACCAAGCAAUAACAACCUUUUUAAAUAUGACCAAAACUUAUUGAUAAAUAGAGGUGAUAAUAAAAAUGAAAAUGUAGACAGAAAUAUGAGUAGCCAUAUGAAGGAAUCAUUUUGUGAUUAUACUAACAAUAAUGAAAAUAAACAUGAUGGAAAUAGCAUUUUAACAAAAAGGAUUAAUACAGAAUAUAUUUUCAACAAUGUCAACAAUAUUAAAAAUAGUAGUGAUAUCAAUUAUAUAAAUAGUAAAGAUAAUUUGUUUGUUUUCAAAACAAUAGAGUAUAAUAAACCGAAUAAUGAAACAAUUGAGGAUAGUAAUAGAGGUAUUUAUAAUAAUUAUAUAAUAAAUGAUGUUGAUAGCUCCAUAAAUGUAGAAAAUAAAUCAGCACAUCUUGAAAAUAUUAAUAACAAUAAUACUGAUUCUACGGAUAUAAAAGAGGAUAUAAAUAGAAAUAAUGUAAUGGAAAAUAUCAGGAGUAACAAUAGUGAGAGAAUAAAUGAUACAUUAACUGGUGUGUUAAACAAUGCAUUAAAUGGCAUAUUAAAUGGGGCAUUAGACAGAACUAUGGAUAGUAUUUUUAAAAUAGAUACCACGUCUGAUGAUACAUAUAAUGAGUUGUUUAAUACAUUAACAAGUAAUAGUAAUAACAAUAACUUUAGCAAUGGUAAUAAUAGUGGCCAUAACAGCACACAAAAUGACGAAAUUAAGGAAAAUAUUACGAAUAAUGGGCAAACUAAUGAAUCAUUCGAUUAUACAAAUAAUUUAUUAAAUAUAUUUUUAUCAUGUAAUAGCAUAAAUGAAAACUUUGAUAUAACAAAUUCAGUUAACACCAAUUUUUAUGAAAAUAAUAAAAGCGAUACAAUACCAUUUAAUAAUAGUGAUAAAUUUACGCCAGAAAUAUACGGAGUGCUUAAUAACUCUUCGAAUUAUUUCAAUAUUUUUGGAAAUUAUAAUUUAUAUGGAAGCACAUGUAUGCAAUGUAAACAUUAUAAAAAUGAAAUUAAAAAUUUAAUAUCUCAAAUAAAAGUUUUAAGGGAAGAAAUUAUUAAAUAUAAACAAGUUAUUAUUACAUAUGGAAUAAAUGCAAAUAAAGAUAAUACGCUUAACCCUUGUAAUUAUAAAUGGGAUAAUUCAAAAAAAUUUAAUGGUAUAUAUGAAAAAAAUUAUAUAUCUUCGGUUGAAGCAAACGACUGA